AUGCACAAGAGUCAAGUCAAGUCCGAAUGGAUCAGGGACCAUAAUAUCAGGCUCGCGCUGAACCCAUGGGAAGACUCGCAGCUUCAGAAGGUGGUGGUGCAGGUCCGCCGGUGCGCACGCAAGCAAAACAAGCAAGAAAACCUUACCCCUGGAGUUAUCUUUGUGGGCCACCUACCUCCAGCACUUUAUGAAAGCCAGAUCCACGAAUAUUUCUCCCAGUUCGGCACUAUAAAAAGAUUGAGACUGUCCAGAAGUAAACGGACUGGAAAUAGCAAGGGCAAUGCCUUUGUGGAGUUUGCAUGUGAGGAUGUUGCUAAGAUAGUUACAGAAACCGUGAACAACUACCUUUUUGGUGAAAGACUUCUGGUAUGUCAAUAUAUACCGCCAGAAAAAGUACAUGUGAAACUUUUUAAGGAAUGGAAUGUUCCAUUUCAUCAGCCUUCAUUUCCAGCAGUGAAGCGCUACAAUCAGGAUCGGAAAUUGGCACAAAAACUACGGAUGGAGCAACGAUUUAAAAAGAAAGAAAAAUUACUCAGGAAAAGGCUAGCUGAGAAAGGAAUUGAUUACAGUUUUCCUCCUUUGGUUUUACCUAAAAAAGAAGAAAGUGUCUCAGAAGCCCUGCCUGAGCGGUCUGUGGAUGACCAGGUUUUGCCUGAUACCAAAAAACAGGCUUUGGGAAUAGCUAAGAAACAGAAGAAGAACGCAGUCUUAAAAGGCACUCCUAAGGCUCCUGAGAAGUCUGUGGAUAGCCAGGGGCCCACACCACUUUGUACGCCAACGUUUUUGCAGAAACGAAAAUCAGAAGUGACCGGCAUGAAUGACCAUAAAGAUAACGAAAUCGUUUUCAAACAGCCUGUUUCCAGAGAAGUACAGAAGACUCCAGUGUCUGCAUGCUCAGGGAAAAAAGGGAGAAGGAAAAGAAAAGGCAGCCAGUGA